CCUUAAUCUAUCUUAUAUCCCCUGUGCCUCGUCUUUCUCCUCUUGGAGUUUGUGCAGCAACUAUGUUUUCUCCUACAGUUCUGCUAGUAGCAGGUAUUCUUUUUGUGUUGUAUAUAUUCCGCCAGUAUCGCCUUCAAGCGAAGCUUCCUCCAGGACCACCUCGCCUACCCAUCAUUGGCAACCUACAUCAAGCACCUAAGAGUGCUGGCUGGUUGACAUACCAGAAAUGGGUUGAUCAGUAUGGGCCGCUCGUGAGCGCAGACUUUGGUGGCACAAACGUAAUCAUUGUUGGAGACUACGCCACUGCGAAAGACUUGCUGGACAAACGGGGGAACAUAUACAGUGGCCGACCACGCACGGUUAUGGCGCAAGAGAUGGUAUGCAAAGACAAGCACAUCAUGCUCAAGAACUAUGACGAGAACUUUCUCUUGCAUCAGCGGCUCGAAGCCCCAGUCAUGAGUCCCCGUGCAUCCACUUGUUACACGCCAGUGCAAGACUUGGAGAGCAAACAACUCCUCAAGAAUCUCUUGAACACCACCGAUUAUCCAAAGCAAUAUGAACGCUUCUCUGCAAGUCUCAUAUACGUGCUCACAUAUGGGAUGAGGAUCUUGACCUGCGAAGAGUGGCAGAUGCAUAGAAGUCACGAGUGCAUGCGUAAUUUCCUCUUCGCUGGCCAGCUCGGCCGGUGGAUUGUCGAUGCGCUACCAAUCCUGAACCAUCUACCUGCUUCGUUGGCGCCAUGGAAGAAGACCGCCGAGGAUUGGUAUCAGUUGUGGACAGAACUACACGAGCAUAAUUUCGAAGCCGCCUUGAAACGUGAUGGCUGGAACUGGACCAAGGACUUCAAGAACGCAAAAGAAGCACAAAGCCUGACCGAUAUUGAGAUAGCCUGGGACUUAGGGAUCAUGUGCGAUGCCGCCAACGAGACUACCAACAUAACCCUCCAAAUCUUCACUCUUGCCUGCCUUGCUCAUCCCGAGUGGAUCCCCAUGGCACAGAAGGAGAUUGAAGACGUCGUCGGCAGUGAUCGUUUGCCAACGUUCGAAGAUCUGAACAAACUCCCCUACAUCCAGGCAGUUAUUGAAGAAACCUUCCGCUGGCGCCAUCUUGCUCCAACUGGCGUACCACAUGCUGCCAUCCAAGACGAUUGGUACAAAGGCUAUUUUAUCCCCAAGGGCUCGGUUAUCGUUCCUCUAUUCAGUGCCAUGCGUCAAGAUGAGCGACUAUUUGAUUCCCCACUUGAUUUUCGACCAGAACGAUGGAUCGGUAAAACGCAAUCUGGUAACUUUGGAUAUGGACGGAGGGUGUGUCCAGGCCGAUUCAUCGCCCGGAACUCGGUUGCCAUUGCGGUUGCUCGGUUGCUAUGGGCUUUCAACAUCCGCUCCAAGGAUGGUAGGAGACAAGUGGUUGAAGAGAGUAUGUUCUCUACUGGAUUUGUCUCUAUACCGAAGCCUUUGGAGGCCGUUUUUGAGCCAAGAAGUGAGGCUCGUAGGCAUAUUAUCGAAGAGGCUUACGAGGCCACUGACAAGGAUGUAGCAAGCCUCUUGGAUGAAGUACAUAGGAAACAGGUUUCGAUUGGACUGCAGCCUCGUGCAUGAGGUACAAGACCUUUCUUCAGCAUUUGAGUAGACACAUGCUGUGAGC